CCAUGGUCGGAGGGGAGGAGGCUCUUCAAGAGACAGCCUUGGCCCUGGUCCCCUCACGCCCUCGUCAAGCUUGCCGAAAACAACUAAUUAUCGCCAUGGAGUUCACGCUGGCUGUCGCUCUCGUCAAAGUCAUCAAGCCUGUCGUCGACGGGUGCAAGGCUGUCAACGAAAAAUGGAACACGUACAAGAACCACGGGGCGGCCGUCAUGACGGCCCGUUUCAGGGUCAAUACGCAGUUUCACAGGUUCCUCGAGAUUGGCGACAGGCCCCUGAGCGACCUCGACCAGACAUUCAAUCCCCAAGACGAACACCACGAGAGGACACGCACCGUCAUAGGCCUCAUACACGACUUUCAGACCGUUUUCAACGAGUGCGACACCUUGAUAACGCACUUUGAGGAAGAACACAAAAAGAAGAAGCUCCAAAAGAAGAGACCAGAGCUACCUAUCAUCGCGCCCGGCUCUGACGCGACGACCGCUUCAGGGCUGACGGCAGCAGAAGGAAAUAAUGAACCUGACGAUGCGCCGCCCCGCAAGCUGCAGGUUCCUUCCAUCACCACGACCACGCUACCGGGUAGAGGCUCGAGUGAAGACACCAAAUCGAGACCCUCGCUUUCCGAGUCCUCUCAGGCCACCGCCGUCACGGAUACCCCGUCGAUCGCGGGUUCCGAGGAUCGAUUAUCGUCCAAGAAGGACCCAAAGAGGAAGAGGUUCUCACGCUUCCUGAACCCUUUUAAAAGAUCGCCACCAAAGCCCAACAUCGCACAGGUUAUCAACCCCAAAGGCAAACAAAAGGCCGACGAUGAGCCUUCACCGUCCGUCUCGGCCGUCGAGGUCACCGUCACGCCGCCCGCCGUCCCCGAGACGACCGAGAGCCCUGCGUCGCCGGCGUCGCCUAUAACCCCGUCAAAAGCCCGAGCAGACGACGUCGCCCACAUCCGAAGUGCCGUGGAAUCCCGGCUAAAGCCCACCGAGGACCCGGCAGCAAAGCAGCAGGACGUGCAGGUCAAGGCGACGGUCGAGCGGCACGUCGAGUGGAUGUGGAAGAAGUCGGACCUGGACAAGAAGAUUGCGCGGCUCAAGGCCAUCAUGGACGACCUGGACAGCGAGACGCAGCUGCGCAACACGGCGGCGGCGGUGCGAAGCGCCGAGUCCGCACAGGACGCCACCAAGCUGGGCCGCAUCAUCCGCUUGACGCGCGCCGCCCUCGACCGGCUCCACCGCUCGCUGCGCGCCGUCAACACGGCUGGCACAAAGUUCAGCCUGCAGCUGACCGAGGACUUCAUAGCCGAAGGCGACCGCUUCUUCGACCUAUGCCAGGCCUACCUGUCGCUAGGCACGCGGGACCAGCACUUUUACUUUGUUAUGCACCGCCACGAUGCCGGGACCGGCACCGGCACCGGCACCAGCACCAACCCGCAGCGCUCGCGGCUGUUCGUGGCGCAGACCAAGCGCGAGUUCAACCCUGCGCGCGACCGCGUCGGCGGCAUCGCGGCGUCGCACCUCGCGGGCCAUGGCCUCACGCAGGCGUCGCAGUUCGCGCGCGACGCGGCGCGCAGCACCAGCAGCCGGCAGUUCCGGCUGUGGGGCGGCGUGGUGGUGCCCAGCUCGCGCGAGCAGCUGGGCAACCACUGGCUGUUCCACGAGGCCGACAAGCACUACGUGAGCGCGGGGACGCUGGCUGGGGCGCUGGCUGAGGGCUCCCCCGCGGCGCGCAUGACGGUCGCGCAGCGCAUCGAGCUCGCCUUGUUGCUGCUGUACGCGUACAUCUACCUGGCCGACGUGCGCGAGUCGUGCCGCGCCAUUGGGCUCGAGUGCUUCCGCUACUACACCGAGGAGCAGCAGCAGCAGCAGCAGCAGACCAAACAGGCCACGACGGCGGCGGCGGCGGCGGCGGCGGCGGCGGCGGCGGCGGCGGCGGCGACGAACCCGCUGUUCGCCGACCCCGCCGACCCGCUGAUCCUGUCGCCGUACAUCUCGUUUGGCUUCGGCGAGCCGAUCGACGCGAGCCACAGCAGUGCUGGCAGCGCCGCGCCCAUAGGCAGCCGCCGCAGGCAGCGGCCAGUCGACCAGUCCAUGCUGCUGCUGGGCGUCAACCUGGUGCAGAUUGCGCUGUGCGUAGCGUACACGGGCGGGCUCGACGGCCACAACAGCAAUAACAGCAAUAACAACAACGGUGGUGCGCAAGCAGGGGGGCCCGUCGCCGACGAGGCGCGCCGCUGGGCUGAAGGGAGGCUGCCGGCCGUCGACGCGCGCGUCGGCGUUGUCUUCUCCGAGGUCGCCGCCGAGUGCCUGCGCUUCGUCAACGACUCGCUGCCCGGUCAGCAGAGCGAGAACUCGGGCCGCCAGAUUGAUUUUCUUGUCGACCAGGUCAUCCGCCUGGACAAGAUGAAGAAGGAGCUCGGCGACGGGCCCGCGGGGGCUGCUGUUCCCGAGCCCAUGCCGCUGGAUGCGGAUCUAGUGGAUGCGGCUCUAGUGGGUGAUGGUGAUGGGGAUGGCAUGGGGGAAAGGGGGGGGCCGUCCUGA